UGAUGCAGCGGCAGCCACUACUCUCUCUAUUUUCCUCUCUUUGUGGAGAAAUCACUGGUCUCCCAACCCGGAUGCUGUGCCACAACUAUCGAUAAUUUCUCCCAGUACGCAGCGCUGUAGGCAGAGCAAGGGGGCGGAAAUAUUUCAGUACCCUUGAAGCGGACAGCUCUCCCCGGAUCCACACGCUUCUGACCGCCGGGCUCCACAUCCGAGCCUGCAGGGCGGGCAGGAUCAUAAUCAUACCCAGGAUACAGGAAGGUGCAGCGGCCACAUUAGAGCCAAACACCCCCCUCCUGCUCCUGCAAGAUCGUGACCACUUGCACGCCGCUGGAGCCGUAGUGGAAAGGGUGAGAAGGAGGGAGGAAGGAAGCGACAAGGGGGGAGCAGAGCAUCACUACAGAGAGAGAUGGCGGAGUGCGGGCGGAAGGCGCUGUCUCUCCUGGAAGCGGCCCGCUCCCGGUACGAGAGCCUGCAGAUAUCCGACGACGUGUUCGGCGAGUCCGGGGAUGACAGCAGCGACAAUCCCUUCUACAGCACCUCCGGAGACUCCGACUCCGACAACUACAUAGCCGAGGUAGGCGAGGAGGACCAGCAGCAGCAGCAGCAGCAGCAGCCGCAGCAGCACCACCACCAAAAGAGGGGGGAUAAGGAGAGCCGCGGGGGAGCAGGAGGUGGUGGCAGCGGAGCCGGCCCCCCGGGCUCCCUGUCCCGGAGUCAGGCUGAGGAGGAGGGCUGGACGGAGACUCUGCAGGAUGUCACGGUGCCGCCGUUCAAAGAGACAUAUGGCCCCGCUCAGAAGAUGCCAGCCACUGCCACAGCUCUGGACUUCUUCCAGCUCUUCGUCCCGGACAACUGCAUCCAAAACAUGGUCACCCAGACUAACAUGUACGCCAAGAAGUUCCAGGAGCGCUUCGGCUCAGACGAAGGCUGGCGUCCAGUAACAGCCCAGGAGAUGAAGGCCUUCCUGGGUUUCGUCACCUCCACCAGUGUGCACCGCUGUGAGUCAGUGCUCAGCAUCUGGAGCUCGGGCUUCUUCAGCAACCGGAGCAUCGCCUUGAAGAUGAGCCAGGCGCGCUUCGAGAAGAUCCUCAAGUACUUCCACAUUGUGGCUUUCCGGCCGUCACAGGGAAGCAACCAGGGCCUGUACAAGAUCCAGCCCUUCCUGGACUCACUGCAGCAGUCGUUUAGCUGCACCUUCAGACCUUCACAGACACAGGUUCUUCAUGAGCCGUUGAUAGACGAGGAUCCGGUGUUCAUUACCACCUGCACGGAAAGAGAGCUGAGGAAGAGGAAGAAGAGGAAGUUCAGCCUCUGGGUUCGACAGUGUACCUCGACUGGAUUCAUCUGUCAGAUCUCAGUCCAUCUGAAGGAGGGCACAGACAGUCUGGCCACCUUAAAGAACAAGCCUCAGCUCCACAGCCUCGUGGCCAAGCAGCUCUGCCAGAACAUCUCGGGCAAAAACACCAUCAUCUUCACCGGGCCGUCCAUCACGAGCCUCAGCCUCUUCACCGAAUUCAGCAAACAAGAUAUCUACUGCUGCGGUCUGCUGAGCACCAGAAAGAGUGACUGUACAGGCUUACCACAAAGCAUGCUGGUUUGCGGCUCCACGCCAGCGCAGCGUGGCCAAUCCCGAGUUAUGAUGAAAGGCAGCAUGUCCCUGAUCAGCUGGUACAACAAGGGACACUUCAGGUUCCUCACUAACGCUUAUUCCCCAACAAAGCAAGGAAUCAUCAUUAAGAGGAAAAGUGGGGAGAUCCCAUGCCCCUUGGCUGUCGAGGCCUUUGCGGCGCAUCUCAGCUACAUCUGCAAAUACGACGACAAGUACAGCAAGUACUUCAUCUUCCAUAAACCCAACAAGACCUGGCAGCAGGUGUUCUGGUUGAGCAUCAGCAUCGCCAUCAACAAUGCGUACAUCCUCUACAAGAUGUCUGACGCCUACACAGUCAAACGCUACAGCCGAGCGCAGUUUGGAGAAAGACUGGUCAGAGAGCUGCUGGAUUUAGACGACUGCUCCCCCACACAGUGAGGAGGAGGAGGAGGAUGAGGACAGCAGGAGCGCACAACAAAAACACACACAAACACAAACACAAGCCCCACACCCACACUUACACUUGAUUACGGUUGUACAGACUCUGCAGUCUGUGUCGAUGUGAUAAUACUGAAGCAGUGCCAAGCCGAUGUCUCUCUUCCUCUAGUUGUUUUCUGUGGUACUGUAAAUAGUCAUUAACACACGACUGCACACUACACAAUAGAGAAUCAUGAGCCAUGGGACAGUUCACAUGCCUCAACUGCAACUUUUAACCACACAGAUUUACUAAGGAUUUGUCAGCAGGAGCUAUUUCACAAGCAGAGAUGCAGGCGGAAACAAUGAAACCGGGAUGAAUUCACCCUUAAAUGAUGUCAAGUCUUAACUCUUGUCAAAGAGCGAAGUUCUCGAUAUGAGCCUGAAUCUCCCGUGUGAGUGUCCAAACGUGUGCUCGUCAGGCGCAAAAGGCUACAUGUAGCUCGAUAUUUACACUCUGCAAAAACACCUGUGACCCUGUAACAAAAGCUUAGUAAACAGGACAAUGAUGUGUCCACACGCUGCAUGCAUAAAGAAACUGGAUCGUGAUGUUCUCUUGUUCGGUGUGAAAAUGAUUUCUGCUCCAGGUGGGUUUUUGAAACUUUUUUUUUUUUGUGAGUGUGUAUGUAUUUAGCAAGUGGAACUGCCAUUUGUGUGUGUGACGCUGAGCCUGAGGUACGUACGGCUAUUGUGACCCAGAUGUGUCGUGUUGCUGCAUACUGUGUACUUGCUAGAGGAAGACUGUCAGGUGAUGUAAAGCCACACACAGCAGUGUGCCAUCAAUUUAAAGCUUCUCACUUCUAAAAGAGCCCAGAAAAUACUAAAAGGAGACUUGCUUUGGGAUUUUUAUUUUUAUGUUUAUUUAUUUAUUUAUUUAUUGUAUUUCUCUUAGGCUUGGGUGGUAUCAAGGUAUUAUGGUAUAUCAUGAUAUUUCAAAAUGCCGAUGGUAUGAUACAGACGCUGCUGUUUCUAUUAAACUCAUACAGAGAUGCUGUAUCACGGUGAUGUAGUGCACAGCACACACCACCAGAGGUCAGUCUCUACUGGUGGAACAGGCAGCUGAGCUGAGAAAGAUGGCGACUGCAAGUGGUGGGGAUAAUGUUGCAGGACUGUAAACAGUCAGCCAACAAUGAUUUCUGUGUAGUAAGGAAAACAGAUACAAAAAUAUUUCACUUGAGCUUGUUGAAAGUAGCAAACUCGACGCUCUAACACAUCUCCCAGCUGAAACUCUAGGCUAAGGGGGCUAUAGUGACUGUGUAGAGCUAAGCCUAUUACUUGUUUCACCCGGCAUGACCUGGCUGACACGCCUUACACGGUUGAUGCCACAGCGUCCUUGGCUGUGUUGAAAUUCAGACAAUAAACUGCAGGUUCCAGUUGCCAAAAAAUCGUUGUAUUUAUUCAUACCACCAAACACAGGUUGAAUAAAUGUCAGUUUCUUUCUCUUUAAUCUAAGCCGAAUACACAACUUUUAGAGCACAUUACACUUUCCCGCACCACAGUGGUCAAUAACCUUUUCCUCUCCGCGGUGAAACACCUGACGGCAACAAUGUUGUUCUUACCUUUAUACCGUAAGACUUGAAAUAUCAAUACAGCGCCACCCAGUGUUUAUCCAUGGUAAAUACAAUUCAGGUCUGCUGAGUGGAAUCACAUACAGACUGUUUACACAAAUACCGUUCAAUACUGUAGACUCCCAUAAAAUUUCAGUAGGGUAUGAACUUGUGAAAAAAAGAUACCGUCCAAGCCUUAUUUCUCUAAAACAUGAAUAUUUAUGGCUAAUGAGGACAUUUUUAGUCAAAGUUUGGGUGGGGAAAGCAUUAGGUUUUAUUUAUUAAGAAUUUAGCACUUAAAAACUCAGCUGAUUGCCUUCAUCAGGACUGUGUGGGUGAGGUUUGAUCAGAUUUGAUUGACAACAUAAAACAACAACCCCACUGUCUAUUUAAUCCUAACUUAAACAAUGCUCAAUCCUGAUUGGUGAGCAGUGAGCAGAGCACAGACAAAGACACAAAUACAUACAUUUCCCAUAAUAAAUAAUCUAAAUGGUUCCAAUUUGGCAGAAAAUGUGCUCAUGCAGAUUUACAUCGCUCAUAGUAAGAGGCGGAUGUAAAAAAUAGAUUUUCAGGGUCUUAAAAAGACAAUAAAUGCCAUCAGAUCUGCAGCCUACGUUCGCACCAACACUUCCAAAGGCGGAUAAACUUAUCUCAUUGGUCCCGACUUAUUACUCAUGUAGUUAACUGUGCUUUGCAGGGCACAACAAGUUCAAAAUCUCCUUGAUUGGAUGUUAAGUAAGACAGUGUUGCUAAGCAACGAGUACAAUCUUGGCGAGUGGGCAGGGGGCUUGAAUAAUAUUGCUUGGCAAGAUUUAGGAACAGGAACUGAAUUGCUGGUGGCUGAUUAGAUGAGAAGAUGUCCCAGAAAUCCAAAAUGUUGCAACAAAUCUUGAUGUUGAUAAAAUUGGUGCCCAAAUCUCAUCAGGAUCUCCAGAGCUGACAUCACUUAGCGAUGACAUGAUUUGACGAUCUAAAAAACCACAGCUACACUAAAUAUUUAUGAGAACAUUUGCAGCUAAUAGUACCUGUGGGUGUUCUCGCUGUUAUAUAUGUCUUUAAAAAAUUCUCUAAUACCUUCUCUGACAUGGAGGCAUGGAUACAUUUGGUUGUAUUGUUGCAGCGGCACAUUUCUUGCCAAGCAACAGCUUUAGACCUGCCACCUCCUGCCCAGCCAAUGAAAGUGUUUAUCUGAUUAAAAUGCACUUACAGUCUCCACAUCAUAUGACUACACACACUGCUGUGUGUAGCUUUAACAAGGACUCUACAGUCCACUUUGCUUUGCUUAACAUGUUAUGCAGUCGACAUGUUAUUGUCACGCUGGAAUCACGUAAUGAAGACUUUAAGUGAAAGGUUUUGAUGUGUGCUUGCUCGAUCAUUAUGGUUCGAUGUGUGAAUACGUAUUGCAGUGAGAUGACGGUGUUUACGCUGGCAGAGCAGAGUUGUGGAGGGAUUUUCGCUGGCAGGGCUCAUGCACUUUCUCCCAUCACGGUCUUUGCACUUUGAGGAAAGUUGUAAAGGUAGCAACAUGUUUACUAGAUAAUCCUUUUAGUUUUGAACCCAAUGAUAGUAUACACUGCUAUGGGAAAUAUGAGUAGAUAAGUUCUGUAAAUAUGCGUAGAUUAAUGAAAUGAAUUAUAUGAAAAAACGCCAAUGAAAAAAAGACAAUUAAUGACAAUAACCAAAACAGAAAAGAUUUCCACUGUAGAUUUAGAGAACAAGGUGAAGUAUGUAUGUGUAUAUUUUGUUUACAAAUUACUGUACUGAGUGUAUGUCCAUAACCACUCUGUCACUAAGACUCAAGAUUGUGAUUUUUUUUAACUUUUUCACUAAUCCAAAGCAUCGUUGUUGUCAUCAUGGCUCUUGUUGUCAUGUGUCUAAUCACUGUUCACCUCGCACUGUUUAUUAGGGCUGCACCAUAUGAGGAAAUCGUUGUUGAAUAUCACGGUAGCGAUAUUACGUGUGAUAAAUUAACAGAUAUUAAAGUGUACUCAGUUUUCUACUGCUUUCAGUGAACUGUUAAAACACAAAGCACUUACUAGCUCACCUAGUAGAGCAGUUGCCCCGCAUACAAAGGCUUUAUACGUUCAAGUUCAAUUCCAAUCCGCGGUCCUUUGCUGCAUGUCGUCCCCCCUCUGUCUCCCCCUUUCACUCUGGCUCUGUCCUGUCUAAUAAAGGCAAAAUCCUGAAAAAAAUAUCUUAAAAACAAACAAAAUUAAAUUAUUUCCAACAUUAUUUUAUUGAACAAAUUGAACGUUGAACUCAACUCAAAAGACGCCAGUAAGACACCAAUGAUAGUUACAUUUUAAAGUGCAGUUUCCUUAUGAUAUACUCACUUUCAGCUGACUCAAAAAGAUCCCUUGGUGCAAUAUCACAGUCUUUUUGCAAUGUGUCUAUGGAGCAAAAGAAAAUAUAAACAAUAAAACAAUAUAUUUUGCAGUCCUACUGUUAGUCAUAGCAGGCACCCCUUGUCAUGUUAUGUAGUUGUCAACUGGUGAUUUUAAUACAAUGUUUGAUAAAUAACUCACAGGUUUAGUUUGAAAGUGACUGGGUCGUAUUAUGGAAAAGAAGUACAGCUGUAGCCAUUUUAGGAACCCAUCUCACUUGUUUAACUCAGACCGCCAGGAAGUGCACAGGGCUUUGAGGCCAGUUUUCUUAGUGGCCAAAAAGUGGCAUUGCGACUUCCAGGCUGUCACCAGAUGCCACUUGGUCCCAAAAGACUUUUCCCAUACACUUACAUUGGAAAAGAGAUGUCUGUAAAUCGGUGGAUACGUUUUGAGUGUCACAGCUCCCGCAAAAUGACUAAUUUCACAAAUUUUGGACUUGAGCCCGCUCUGUUGCACCUGUAAACACACCCACCAGUGAUGUCACAGUGCACUGACACACCCCGAAGUGCACUUCUACAUCACUUCAGAGAGGUGAACUGUUCGCCCACUGCAGGUCAGAAAACACAUCAUUUUAAGAUGGUGUCUAAGAGCCUCGCAGCUAACACCUUCUGCAGUUACUCGGGUUGUUCCAUCGUUACCCAUUUCUGCUACUGUGGAUAGUAACUGCAAAGAACUUACAUUGCUACUCUUAAGUAACGGGACAACUACUGAUAGCUACCCGAGAAAACAGAAGCGCUAACCUCUUCCUGUUUUGAUUGCACAAUGAUUGACGCACUUCCUUUGUGCCGUAUAUCAAGCCCUCAGUUUCUUGGGAGAUUGUACCCGGUGGCAGACAGACUUGCAUAGUGAAAGUGAGGCUUACAGGGAACAAAUGUAAAUGCUGAUACAACAGUUAGUAUGAUAUCUUAACAAAUUAGCGCCCCCUACAAGUUAUGUUAGGUUUAGGAAGAGAAUCGUGGAUGGGUAUCACAUGAUGAUGUGACAUCAUGUAUGUAUCGGGACACAACCAGUAGUCUCUUGAGUCAAAGUCCUGUGUUUAUUUGACCCAUCCGUCCACCCCUACCUCCUUGCUAUGUGGACUUAAACUCUCUUUACACUUCGUUACCUGACUUCUUCCUUUGCUUCCACCAUGUAGGGAUGUCAGCCUGCAGUGUAGAGGUCACAUGAUCUCAGCCUCCUGGCUCACGAUUACGUAGGUUAUAUACAAAUUAUAGUGCAUCACUUUUCGUAGGUUUAAGUAAGAACAGUGAAUGAGAAGAGCCUGCAUUAUUCUACAGCCAUUACACUGUGUAAUUAGCAUUUACUUUGUAAUGAUAAUAGCAAAAAACUUAUUUCUACUUUAAUAAUGGACUAAACAUGAUGUUGCACCAACAUAUUUCCAGUGCAGUGAUAUUUGCUGCAAAAAUCAUUUUAGGUUCCUAUAAUAAUAAUCAUAAUUUUGGGGGAAAAAAAGUGUUUGCAACAGUCCCUGAACUGAAAAAAAAACAUCCAUUUCAUUCCACCAAUUUACAACAUUUCGGUCUCAUACGGGGAGAUUUUUUAUUUUUUUUUCAUAUAAAGGGCAGAAGGGCCAAUUUCUCCACUGAGACAAAACUCAGAAGUCCUUGAUGCAUGCAUGUCUACCUGCAGGGCAUGUUGUGGUCUGAGUAAGGGGCAGGGAUGCAGUCAUCACUAACUGAAGCAGAAAUAGAUAAGGCACCUUGAGAAUAGCAAAAUUACACCUGGACUGUGUCACACAAUGGUGACUGGUGAAAAACUGUGGUCACACGUGUAUCAAACUGAGCUGCAUCUGUAAAUUACCACUCAAUCUGCAGCUGAUGGUGGACUGAAGUAGAUCGCCAGGGAUGUGUGUGACAUCUGCAGAGGUUGUCUGUAGUGCUUCUAUUGCUUGGCUCAGACCACAAACAAAAAGAAAUUACACGCCAGGGACUCUGUAAGGCCACGGUUAGCUGGCAACAAAUUAUACAUCAGUGUUAGAGGGAGAAAAAAGUGGUAGUAUUUGAAGUUUUUCUGCCCAUGCGGUAAUACUGUUAUCACCCCAGCUGCAGACGGAGAGCUGAGCGGCUUCACAUCGUCUCCCUUUUUAUCAUCUAUCAGACGAAUGGGGCCGAGGAUCCUCCCCUGUGAUGCUUUUGUUCAUUGAGUUCAGCUCGUUUUACCCCACAGAGAUCAAAACCACAGCUUCAUUUUAAAUUCUCAGGUUGAUCUCUGACGUGAUUAUUCGGUCCAGCUGGCUCUAUUGAUCCGCCAUGAAUCAGAUAUUUCUAUAGUGCCUUUUCCACUCGUUUUUCCCCUCUCACUAUAGUGGUUUGGUGUUGUUGAUGUCCUGGGAUGGAGUUGCUGUAGAAGAUUAGAACAGAUUAGAUUUUAAAGAUGAAAAUCCUGUCCUGCAUGCUGUGAAUAAUAGAAAGUGGAGAAAUAAAUCUAUCACCUCCACAGCAGAGUUAUAGUAGCUGGAAGUGUUUUAUGCAGCCCUGCGCCCUUGUCCCAUUGCUGUAAUAGUUCAAGUAAUAUUUCAUUUCAUUUUAACACAAAUGGAGUCAACACUGCAUCCUUUAUUAGGGGUUUAAACAAACCUGGUCCAAAUAGAACUGCUUUGUAUUUUGGGUAAUUUUACCUGUAGAAAAAAACAUGAUAGUAGAAAGAAUGACAGCAGAUCCAAGUGAUGGAUGUGUUUGUUUACAUGGGUAAACUACUAUGUAGGAACCUAGUUUACAUCUUAGAGGAAGAUGGGUGAGCCCCACUAAAGUCAGAACAUCCCAUCACCAAAUUAAAGCCUUAAAACAAAUUAUAACCAAUAUGAAAAGCAGAAGAAAGAUGUCACUGCGUCUUACUACAGUUUUCCUCUCCUCUCCUCUCCUCUUACAAGUAGCAGAGACGUCUGAUAUCUUUCAUUUAUGCUCAUUUGUUUAUGUCAGAUGUGCAAAUGGGAGUAAACAAAGCCAGAUGGGGAAGGAGCGAGCUACCGUGCAACUGCUGCGACGGAAACAUUUGUCUUUCAUCCAGCUUUGCGAGACACACGAUGAUUCCCUAAAUUAUAAAAACUUGCAAAAACAUGCCAUUAAAUAAAUCACCCUCACUGUCAAUCGUCUUGUGAAUGCAGUAGUAGUACAGUAUAAGAUGUAAGUGGCGUGCUGUGUGUGCCAUCCCUGUACAGUCUGUCUGUGUUUAUAUCCGGCAAGAGACAGUUGUCAUAAGAGUGAGUUAAGAUAUUUAAUAAUCUCAGUCAUUAACCGUGGAUGUCCUAAAGAAUUUAAAUGGCUGACCUCAGGGCUUCAUAACUAACUGCUGUACAAUAUAGUCACGUAUUGAAAUAAUACACUAAAUGGACUUCUAUAACCUUAUCAGGUGCUAUCAAACCACUGUAUGAGUAAUAGUAGAGUUAGAUUUGUUGUUGUCGGGAGCUCAGCAACCAAAAUAGAGAACACCAGGGUCGUGUAGUUCAAUUUUUGGCAGAUAUGUCAGAAAUAUUACUGUCACCAGCCACCAAAAGCAACUUAAACUGCUCAAGUGGUAGAAACUCUUCCACUUGUGGUUGGUGGCUGCAGGAUGUUGAGCACUGUGGGCUAAAGUGUUAUCUAGUUUCGCAGAUGGGCCAGAAGGAUGUGUGUAUGUGCAUGUAAUGUGGAAUAAUAUGUGUAAAAAUAACUGGUGUGCACUGGACCAAAUAACUUUCUAAAAAUGUGUGUGGUGAUGAGUUGUACAAGGUUGUCGUGUAAAUGUGUCUUCAUUAAAGCUCACCACAAGAUUUGGAGAAGCUUAAUACUCUGUAGCAAAUGAUUGGGAAUCACGAGGAAGGCACAGAUUUGGUGUCGAAUGUACAGUGUGGUUCAUGAUUUGAUUGCAGAGCUUGUGUUUACUCAGCCUAUGUGAUUAGAGGAAGAUUCAGUGCAAUAUACAGUACAGGCCAAAAAUUUGGACACACCUUCUCAUUCAAUGCG